CGCGGGCCGGGGCCCAGGAGAGGCGGUGGGAGGAACGGGGCCGGGGCCCGCGCUGCCCGCGGGGUUGGCGGCCUGAUGCCCCGGUAGCCGCUGCCGGCUCUGCAGAGCUGCGUGGCUCUUGGCUGGUUGGGGUUACACACGGUUAGAGUGUAGACGGCGCUCCGUGCUGCGGAUCGGGCUGAAGCGUGCUCCCGCUUGGUGGCUGCCGUUGUCCGAUGUCAACGGGAAUGUUUCUGGGCUUGGUCGUUGGCUCCUAGGUAGGAGUCAUGGACGUGGACGCCGAACGAGAGAAAAUAGCAAAGGAGAUUGAAGAAUUAGAAAGGAUCUUGGAUCCCAGCUCCUCAAGUAUCAGCGUGGAGGUCUCGGAGUCUGGUCUUGCACUGGAUUCCGAAGCAGACUCGCUGCCUGAAGAGGACUCGGACGCUGCUGGCUCCCUGGCCUCGGAAGAGGAGAGGUGGGGAGAGGCCAGCAAUGGCGAGGACGACCCCAAGAAGACCCUCCCUGAAGACCCAGAGACCUGCCUGCAGCUGAACAUGGUCUACCAGGAGGUCAUCCAGGAGAGGCUGGCGGAGGUCAGCCUCCUGCUGGCCCAGAACCGGGAGCAGCAGGAGGAGAUCAUGUGUGACCUGGCAGGGUCCAAAGGCCCCAAGGUGAAAGACGGCAAGAGUCUGCCCCCGAAUCUGUACAUAGGGCACUUCAUGAAGCCCUACUUCAAGGACAGGGUCACCGGAGUGGGACCUCCGGCCAACGAAGACACGCGGGAGAAGGCCGCCCAGGGCAUCAAGGCUUUCGAGGAGCUCCUGGUGACUAAGUGGAAAAACUGGGAGAAGGCCUUGCUCAGAAGGUCAGUGGUGAGCGACCGCCUACAGCGCCUGCUUCAGCCCAAGUUACUGAAGCUUGAAUACUUGCACCAGAAACGGAGUAGGGUGACCAGUGAGGCAGAGAGGCAGGUCCUGGAGAAGCAGAGCAGAGAGGCGGAGAAGGAGGUCCAGGACAUCCGGGAGCUCCCAGAGGAGACCUUGCUGGGGAACAGGCUGGACGGCCACGACUGGGAGAAGAUAUCCAACGUUAACUUCGAGGGCGGCCGCAGUGCAGAGGAGAUCCGGAAGUUCUGGCAGAACUGUGAGCACCCGAGCAUCAACAAGCAGGAGUGGAGCGGGCCGGAGGUCGAGCAGCUCAAGGCCAUCGCAGCCAAGCACGGCCACCUGCAGUGGCAGAAGAUCGCCAAGGAGCUGGGGACCGGCCGCAGCGCCUUCCAGUGCCUGCAGAAGUACCAGCAGCACAACAGGGCUCUGAAGCGCAGAGAGUGGACCCCGGAGGAGGACCACCUGCUCACCCAGCUCGUGCGGGAGAUGCGCGUCGGCAGCCACAUCCCCUACCGGAGAAUUGUCUACUACAUGGAAGGGAGAGACUCCAUGCAGCUCAUCUACCGGUGGACCAAGAGCUUGGACCCCAACCUGAAGAAGGGGCUCUGGGCCCCGGAGGAGGAUGCGAAGUUGCUUCGAGCCGUCGCCAAGUACGGGGAGCAGGAUUGGUUUAAAAUCCGGGAAGAGGUGCCAGGUAGGAGCGAUGCCCAGUGCCGAGAUCGGUACCUCAGAAGGCUGCACUUCGGCCUGAAGAAGGGGCGAUGGAGCGCAAAAGAGGAGGAGAAGUUGAUGGAACUGAUAGAAAAGUACGGCGUCGGUCACUGGGCAAAGAUAGCUUCGGAACUACCCCAUCGGACGGGCUCCCAGUGUCUGAGCAAGUGGAAAAUCAUGGUCAGGAAGAAGCAGAGUCGGGGGAGGAGGCGGCGGCGGCGGCCCCUUCGCAGCGUGCGCUGGAGCUCCAGCAGCGAGGACGGCAGCGAUGGGGACAGCAGCAGCAGCAGCAGCAGCAGCAGCAGCAGGGACAGUGAGGGGUCGGAGCCAGAGGAAGCCCCAGAGGCCCGGGCGGGGGGCCAGGUGCUGCCCUCAGCACAGCACGCCGUGCCAGACAUGGACCUGUGGGUGCCUGCCAGGCAGAGCGCCGGCGGGCCGUGCGCAGGGGGCGCCUGGGGCCGGCCGGGACGCCCUGCUGCCUCCCCCAGCCCUCCCAGGGGCGCCUGCGGGGCGGAGGCUGGCCCAGCAGCUUGGCCCGCGGCCUCGGCUCCCGCACAGGAGGCAGGCCGGGCGCACGCCCCGUCGGGGACCCGCAGCUCCAAUGUGAGCGCCGUCGGCUGCCCGGGCUCAGCGGAUGCUCCCCCCUCGGGCUCAGAGGCGCCGGCGGACGAGAGCGGGAGUCGUCUGCUCAGGCUGCCCCUGGAGACCGUGCUGCAGGUGCUGAGGACCAACACGGCCCACCGGUGCCGGACCCUGAAGAAGAAACUGAGGCAGCCAGGCCUGCUCGGCCCAUCCGUGGGGGCCGGCCCCAGUGACCGCGCCGUAGCCGGGCCCUGCGUCCGGCAGCUGUGGCACAGGACGAUCGGGAACAGGCAGCGAUGGCGGGGACACUCCCUGCAGAGGAGGCUCCUUGAGCGCCAGCUCCUGAUGGCUGUGAGCCCGUGGGUGGGCGACAUCGUCCUGCCCUGCACUCCUCGAAGGCCUGCCGCAGCACACACCCGAGCCGAUGGCAUCAGGAAGCAGCUUCAGGAUGCCCACCUGGCCAGCACCCCGGUGUUCACCCUCUUUAUCCAGCUGUUCCAGAUUGACACUGCUGGCUGCAUGGAGGUCGUUCGAGAGAGGAAGGCCCAGCCCCCUGCCCUGCUGCAGACUGGCACCCGGGAACCAGUGCCUGGGCUCCUACCGAUGCCUUCAAGUACCCGGAACGCUACAGGCCACAGCUUCCGGAGCGUGCCAGCCCGAGAAGCUGCGAAGCAGAGCGCCAGCCUCAAAGGGAGCAGGGGGCUGCAGCCCUGCCAUGCCGAGUCUGGUCCGCAGGCGCCCCCACCAGCUCCGUGUGGUCCCCGGCCCAAGCCCAAGACUGUCUCCGAGCUGCUCCGGGAGAAGCGGCUGCGGGAGGCCCGGGCCAGGAGGGCCGCCCCGGGCGCUGUGGUCCUCCCACCCCAGCUGCUGCUCUCCUCCCCACUGAUUCUCCAGCCCCGUCUCCCGGUGGCCCCCCACGGCCCCUCGGCUUCGGGCCUGGCUGUCACGGCCUCGGUGCUCUCCCGGCCUAGCGCCCCUGCCGCGACAGAGCCGUGCACUUCCGGUUCUCGGGCCUCAGCCAAGGACGGAAGGCCCUCCACCCUGCCAGUCUUGGCCGGCGCCCUGGCCUCCACAGAGGCUGCCCCCGCUGCCUCCAUGGUGCCGGUUCUGGGCCCCAGCCAGGUCCCCGUGAACUGCCAUCGAGGUGGCCCGGGACAGUCUCAGGCCCCUGCCACCGCCCAGAAGCAGGGCUUGCCAGAGGCACCACCCUUUCUGCCUGCAGUCCCCAGCCCCUCUCAGCUGCCCGUCCAGCCCAUCUGCCCGACGCCAGCUGUGGGCGCACACGAGAGGGGGUCACAGGUGGUGGCCAGCACCCCUCUGCCUGUCACCUGGGUGCUCACAGCCCAGGGGCUACUCCCGGUGCCCACCGUGGUGGGCCUUCCUGGGCCAGCAGGGACCUCUGACUCCAAGGGACUGUCAGUGGCUCUGUCGUCCUCCCUGCCUGGGACACAGAUAGGCCAGGGUCCCGGGCUCCCCAGGCCGACCCACCCCUGGCAGCCCCCCACCAGCCGGGACACAGACUCAGACCCUCCCUCCAAGACAGACCCGCCGGGCCUUCCGAUGCCCCACCAGUCUCAAGGUCCCAUGGAGGUGGACAGAGACGGGGCCCACGGCCCGGCAGGGGGCUCCUUCCCUGGAGAGGCCCAAGCGGCCGGGGACACCGCCGUGUCUGGGGCACCCUCCCAAGCCACGCUCCUGGCUGACCACCCUGAAGCAAAGUCCCCCAGGCCCAGCCAGCCGCCCCUUCGAGGUGGCACCGGCCCUGGGAGUGGCCCAGGAGGGACAGCAGGGUCCGCCUUGAGACCAGAGAGACUCGGGGAGCCUCUGGGCCUGGAGAGGCCACCCCCACCCCGGCCUGGGCCUGAGAGGGGUGCCCUGGACUUGGACCUCGUGUCUCAGGAGGGUGAGGCGGUCGUGUGGGAAUGGCUGAGGGGACGGCGUGGGGUGAGCGUGCCCCCGCUGGGGGGAGGGCUGCCUUACCAGCCCCCCGCCCUGUGCAGCCUGCGGGCCCUGUCUGCACUCUUGCUCCAGAAGGCGGCCUUGGAGCGCAGAGCCGCCUCCCUCGUGCCAGGGGGCGCCGGAGCCCUGCACGCCUCGCUGGGACAGGUACGGAGGUGGCUCCGGGACAGCCCGGCCUACCUGCUGCUCAAGGCACGGUUCCUGGCGGCCUUCACCCUCCCUGCGCUCCUGGCCACCCUGUCCCCCGAUGGCGUUCCCACCACCCUGUCUGUAGCCACGAGGGCUGACCCCGAGAGCGAGGACGACCUGGGCCUGGAGGAGUCGGAGCUCACUGAUGGCUGCUCCACGAGCGGUCCUCGGGCAGGGCCGGCGACCGCCACCCCCAUUCAGGGAGCCCCAGACUGUGGGGAGAGCUCUGCCUCUUCCUGCCUAGACAGUUCUGACAACCUGGAUGUGCUCAGAACCCGGCACUCCUGGCAUGCCCGGAAGAGGAGGAGGCUGGUGUGAGUGGCAGGGAGGUGGGAGCCGUGCCAGACCCUGGUGAGCCCACCUGCCUGGAGAGCCCACCGCUGACCCUACGGGAGAGAGCAGCCAGAAGCAGCUGGAGGUUGGGGAAGGCUCUGCCAGCCGUGACCGUGAGGCCCCCGGGGGCUUGGCUGGUCCUGAAGCACAGAUCGGGAUGUUUGAAGGAAUAAAGUGAAUGGCCUAUUUUUUUAUUAAAAACCA